AUGGUUUACCGUAGUCGCAAAAAUUUAGGUAACACAGGUGGUGGUCCUCAACAUAUUCCUUUUCUUCAUUCGCUCUUCCCAUGUCCUUAUGACGGUUCUCAUAUUAAUCCACGUGGUGUAAAAUUACUUGCUGUAGGCUUAUUCUCAUUCCACAACGAGUUCUUAGCGAAAGAUCUCCUUGGUGUGUACGAGCUCUCCACGAUGUCGACAAUACCUGUCGAGGUAGCCGAAGAGGCACUCGAAAAGAAGGUCGAAGCGAUGAAGAUCGUCGAUGGGAACAAUAUGGAGGUCAAGAAGGAAACCACCGACGGCAAGAACGAACGUCGCGAGCGUAAGGUACGCUAGCA